GGAGCUCCCAGUUGCUACUCUUAACGCUAACUGGAUCAACCACAGGAAUUGAAGCAUGGGAAAGAGGAAAUCAAGAGCCAAGCCUGCUGCUAAGAAGCGAAUGGAUAAGCUCGAUACUGUUUUCAGCUGUCCAUUUUGUAACCAUGGCACCAGCGUAGAAUGCCGCAUUGAUAUGAAGAACUUAAUCGGUGAAGCCUCGUGCAGGAUUUGCCAAGAAAGUUUCAGCACUGUUAUAACAGCUUUGACCGAAGCAAUAGACAUAUACAGCAAAUGGAUCGAUGAAUGUGAACGAGUUAACCACCUCCAUGAUGAUGAUGAUGAUGGAGAUCAGGACGAAGAUUUCGAGCCUAGAAAACGGGUUGCAACGUCUGAGCGGGAUUAGAUAUGGUCAGGUAUGCUUUAGAACUGGUUAAGCCUGUAAUUAUUUUAGUUCCCAUAGUGAGUAGCUGUUAUUAUGCUGGUAUGCACAUC